AUGUUAGUAGAGACAUGGUUGGAAAAGGACAAGUGGACUAAUGUAGAAAGAGACUGGAAUGCAAGAACUGGGAGAGAAGGAGGUUGGAUUAAUGAAAGUGAUAGUGACGACAAGCACGUAAGGUUAAGAAAGUCGAAAGACGAAAAGAUCAAUGAGGAAGGUAGAAGACUAAUAAAAGAAAUAACAGAAAAAGGAUGGUGUAUAGUAAAUGGGCAAAAAGGAGAAGAAGGAGAAUUCACAUACGUUGGUAGCAGAGGAGAGUCCGUAAUAGAUUACGCAAUAGGAUGUCAAGAAGCGUUAGAUCAGAUUAAGAAAAUGAAGAUAGGACAAAGAACGGAAUCAGAUCAUAUGCCGCUAGAAGUAUACUUAGAAAAUGAAGUAGAGGUAGGAAUUGUAGAGAAAGAAGAGAGAACAAAGGCAAGGAGGGAUUGGACUCAAGAAUUGAUUGAUCAGUAUGGAGAAAGGUGUAAAGACCGGGAGCGAAAGGGAAAAGAGAUUGAAGAAAGAUGGAGUGAAUUGAAAGAUAAAAUAGAUAGGGCAGUACCUAAGAAGAAGAAGAGAUACAAAAAUGCAACAUCGGAAGGCGAAGUGUGGAAAUAUAUAAACAAGUACAGGAAAAAAAGAAGAAGAGAAACAUCUAAAAAGUUCACAGUAGAAGAGUGCAGAAGGUACUUUAUGGAAAAGUCAGAUGGGAAGAAUGAAGAAGGAAUUGUGAGGGAAGAGACAAGAAAGGAUGAGGCAAGAACAAAUGCAGUGGAUCAGGAAGAAAUGAGCAAGGAAGAGUUCGAGAGGCAGAUAGCCAGAUUAAAAGUAGGAAAAGCACCAGGAGAAGACAAGUUGGAAAAUGAAGUGUGGAAGUACAUGCCGGGAGAAGUGGAUGCAGCUCUGUGGGAAUUGCUGAAAAAAGUAUGGAAAAAAGGAGAAUUACCGGAUCAGUGGAGGCAAGGUACGAUUUGUUUGAUUCACAAAAAAGGUGAUAAAGAUAAGUUAGAAAAUUAUAGAGGAGUGACAUUGACAUGUACAGCAUAUAAGAUUUAUGCGAGUAUGUUAAACGAGAUGUUAAAAAAGGAAAUCGAAGGUAAAUUAUCAGAAAGCCAGUUUGGUUUUAGAGAAAAGAGAGGAGAAGCAUUUGAUCGAGUGGAUAGGAAAGUUUUAAAGGAAAGAUUAAUAGAAAUGGAAGUGAGUGAAAAGCUAAGAAAUAGGAUUAUGGAUAUUUAUAAAGAAACGAGAAAUGUAGUUAAAGUUGGAGAAGAGGAAUCCAAGGAAUUUUGGACAGAAAAAGCAAAUGUAAUAAUUUAUAGUACUAGCACAGGAAAAAAACAUGCCCUUGUUAUUAAAGAUCAGAAAGUGUUCAUCAAUCCAUUAGUGAAUAAAUAUGAAAUUCACUCGGCAAAUAACGAGUCUCCUUCUACAAAACAUUAUGUAUCAGCCCCUAUUAAUGAGGCAUUAAAGCAACUAACUCAAGCUCGCUCUGAUCAAGUUUCAAUGGUCAGAAAAAUAUUGACUGAAGGGGCUCUUGAUGACGAAAAAAAGGAAACAGUUCCUAAAUUGAAGGUAUGA